CUUUGAAAGUCAGAUGAGUUAGCGGCUCGAUAAAGCCUAGGCACUAGGCUGUAAGACAGAAGUCACUGAGAUUUAGUGUGUCUGUGCGUCAAGUAGCUGGGAAAUGUUUCGCAUUGCCUUGUUGGUAAUUUUAGUUAUAGGAGCGUGUUCGGCAGAACUUCACAGGGUGCCCCUCUACAAAAUAAAGACAGCCCGCAGAUCUCUGCAGGAAGUAGGUACAGAGGUACAGCAAGUGCGGCGAAGGUAUGGUGGUCCGACUCCAGAGCCACUUUCUAACUACCUUGAUGCCCAGUACUAUGGACCAAUAAGCAUUGGUAACCCACCACAGAAGUUUAGAGUAGUGUUUGAUACAGGAUCUUCAAAUUUGUGGGUACCAUCAAAGAAAUGUCAUGUUACAAGCAUUGCAUGCUUGCUGCAUAACAAAUAUGAUCAUGGGCUGUCCAGCACAUACCAGCCAAAUGGAACAAAGUUUGAAAUACAGUAUGGUUCUGGAAGCCUUUCUGGCUAUUUGUCUACUGAUACAGUGCAGGUUGGUGGUUUGGAGGUAAGGAACCAGACAUUUGCAGAAGCAAUAAGUGAACCUGGUCUUGCUUUUGUUGCUGCCAAAUUUGAUGGUAUCCUUGGAAUGGCUUAUAGCACCAUAUCAGUUGAUGGUGUGGUUCCAGUGUUUUACAACAUGUUCAAACAAGGAUUGGUUUCAGCACCUGUCUUCUCUUUCUAUCUAAGCAGAGACCCAGAUGCGCCAUUGGGUGGAGAACUUAUUCUUGGUGGUUCUGAUCCAAAACACUACAAAGGUGACUUCACAUAUUUACCAGUGGAUCGUAAAAUGUAUUGGCAGUUCAAAAUGGACAAAGUUCUUGUGAAUGGAGCCAGUCAGUCAACAUUCUGUGCAUCUGGUUGUGAGGCAAUUGCUGAUACUGGCACCAGCCUCAUCGCUGGACCACUUAGUGAAAUAAAAGACCUCAAUAAGGCCAUUGGAGCUACACCAAUUGUUGGUGGAGAAUACAUGGUUGACUGCACUCAGAUUCCUAAUUUACCUGCUAUUGACUUUGUUCUUGGUGGGAAAAAUUACACACUAUUAGGAAAGGACUAUGUUCUCAGGGUAUCUUCAUUUGGGAAAACUGUAUGCUUGUCUGGCUUCAUGGGCAUUGAUAUACCACCACCACAUGGCCCGCUGUGGAUUCUGGGAGAUGUUUUUAUUGGCAGAUUCUACACAGAAUUUGACAUGCAAAACAAUCGUGUUGGUUUUGCUGAAUCUAUGUAGAAAUAAGUGUUCUGGCAGUAGUCACCAGUCCGUAACGUCGUCUUGCAGAUCAUAAUACAGAUACUAAUGGGUGUUGUUACAUAUUUAAAAAUGACUUUUCCUGUAGUAAAGACACUGAUUUAAGUUUAAAAUUUUGUGUAAAGCUUUAAUCACUUGUUAUUAAUUAACAAAUUGCCAAAAAAGUAGGCUUUAUGAAUUUUGUUAUAAUGUACAUGCAUUAUGUAUUUACCAAAUUUAAGUUCAUUUAGGCAGUGUAAGACAUUGUCUCUGAAAUGUUGAAGACCAAAUAAAGUUGGAACACUUGAAAAUCAA